AUGGAAAAGGGGGCUUAUUCCGAUGUCACUGUUCUGGCUUUUGGAAACUCCUACAAGUUGCAUAGACUGUUUUUAGAUAAGAGUGACUAUUUCAGGUCACUUUUCUUAUGGUCAGAGAGACAGAAUGGAGAGGACGAUAGCGAUAGCGACACCGACAUAGAGAAUGGUAGCCAAAAAGAACAUGAAACUAUACCGGCUACUGCUUCUAAGGCGAUAUAUACCCUCGAUUUUGAGGGAGACUCCAGAUAUACCCAAGCAAGUUUUGAAUUGGCAGUUGCUAGACUAUAUGGAGCCAUCAAUGUUAAAGAAGAAAACAAAAUUCCUUACAACAUGAUUGCCAUCGGACAGUAUUUGGCCAUCAGCGAAGUGGUUUGCACUGCCACGGACUAUAUUGUGAGAAACAUGGAUAUGUCGAACAUCUCCGAGAAUUUACACUUUGCUACGGUGAACAAUUAUGGGUCUGCGAGUGAGAGAAUCAUACAGAAUGGAAAGGGAAUUUUAUGUACUGAUGGCUGGGAAUGUGGACCUCAGAAAUGGGACGGUAUCCCGACAUCUAUCAUUACUGAGGUGGUUGGUGAGGACUACUUCUUUGUUCCAACGGAAUGGGACCGAUGCAUUUUUACUAUCAAGUUGAUAGAAAGAAGACAGGCAGCGGGAAUAGAUGAUAAUAAGACGUUGAAACCUCUGAAUCACUUGUUAAACACUAUGAUUCACUACUGCCACAUGCCACCGGAGCAGCUCCAAGAAUUGGAGCAGUUGUACGACAUCAAUGGAAAUCACUACAUCAAUCCACAGGUAUUACAUAAUGCUCUAUGGAAGUCUGCGCAGAUUCAGAGACUGGUUCUUACCGCUUCUGACACUCCCCAAUUGGAGAAUAUUGUAACCAACCCGUUGCAACCCACGCCAGAAAUUCCAUGGUACAAAGUCCCAGGUAAAGAUGACACCACUUCCGGCUUGCCUGCAGAGCUCGACGAACUACUCUACAGCAGUAACUCUGAUACGUUUACCCAGGGAGUAUCACACGGACAGGAAGAUGGAAAGUCCACACAGGGUCAGCAGUACCUUUCAGAAAAUGAAAAGCUUUAUAAUUGGACACGCAUCCCACCAUUCAGAUUCUCUGUGUCAUUUGCGAAUGUGUCCGAUCUUAUGACUGACAAGAGGGUUUACGCCAAGACCUUUUGGUAUGCCGGAUCAUACUGGAACCUUUACCUUCAGAAAAAUCACAUUCCAUCGAAAAGUACUUACCAAGUCGGUGUUUAUCUUCAUAGGGCUAAUAACGGAUCUCCUUCCCCAUCUCCUAAGAAUGGUCUGAUAAAUCCAGAUAUUUACAUUGAUAAUGUAAACUAUCGGUCGAUGCCGAAGAUGUACAGUAGGGAUCUCCACGUCUCAUCUUCAACAUCUUCAACUUUGAUAACACCUCCGGCAGUGAUAGCUGCCGAGUCUAUACCCGCUUCUGCAGAUUUUCCUUUAUCUUAUAUUGCAGGUUUGGAGCCGGAACAAACGGAUCUGAAAGAAAAUGUCACGGACGAAUCUCUCUCUAGCUUCAAUGACUUAUUAAUAUCAGACAGCCGCAUAAUUGGUAGCAGCGGUAACCAAAUGAGAAUUCCAAAAUGUUCUUGCGGUGUGAAUAGCUCUUUUUGUAACUAUGAAGAUCACAGAAGUACAAUCAGAGUUUACUUUGUUAUCUUCACUCCGUCCAGAAGACUUAAACCGACAAUCACCUCCUUCUUAUCGGUACCAAAUGACUUCAGCAAAUCUCAGAGUUGGGGUUGGAAAAGUAACAGCAUGUGCGUUUUCAAUGAAGAUGGUACUUUCCCGGUCAAUCAUGAUCCUCAUCUCAAGUUCAUGAUUGUACUUGGUAAUGUUUAG